GAAUAGGCACCAAAAAGAUAGUCUGAAGUCACCAAUUCACGUUUCUUUUUUCCCCAUCAAACAGCGAGUCAAGCACUCAGUCGUCGCGCUUCUCGCAGUCCAGUCGUCGCUGAGCUUGGAAAAAAGAGAGAUGGGUUUUAUUAUUUCUUUGACCCGAACAACACACAACCUCUCUCUUCUUCAAUAACACUUCCCAUCGAACUAGCCGGCUCUGUAUUGCUUCUAAUGAUAGGAAGAAUUACACACAGUAUUGUGAAGGGUAAGGUUUUGUGAGUUGGUAACUAGAGCUAAACAGCAAUUUUAAUGGGUUUUCAUCCUUAUUUCUAGGUGAGUUAUGACUGGCUUCUCCUUCAAUAUGGCACUAAAAGGCAGAGGUCUUACUGUUCUUUUUGGCAUCUUUAUCUUGUUGCUAUUAAAUAGUAAUUCCAGCUAUGGUACUGCAACUGAUAUUUAUUGCUUGAGAACUCUAAAAGAAUCAUUGGAAGAUCCAUUCCAUUACUUAAACUCUUCGUGGAAUUUUGAUAAUAAUACUGAAGGGUUCAUCUGUAAAUUUACUGGGAUCGACUGUUGGCAUCCUGAUGAGAACAAGGUUUUAAAUAUUCGGCUCUCCGAUAUGGGACUCAAGGGCGAGUUUCCACGUAGUAUUGUGAAUUGCACAGCUUUGACAGGCUUAGAUCUUUCCAGCAACAAGCUCUAUGGAACUAUUCCACGUGACAUCUCUCAAAUACUCAAAUAUGUGACUAGCCUCGAUCUCUCCUCCAACAAUUUCUCAGGAGAGAUUCCCACGAGCCUCGCAAAUUGUUCAUAUCUGAAUGUCCUUAAACUCGACCACAACGCGUUGACUGGUCACAUUCCUCUGCAGCUUGGUCUGCUAGAUCGGAUCAAGACAUUUAGUGUAGCAAACAAUCAAUUGACUGGGCAAGUUCCGAAAUUUUACAAUGCUAAAGUUCCAGCAGAAAACUACGCAAAUAAUGCAGGACUAUGUGGGAAUCCUCUGCCCCUUUGCCAAGCACCUUCUAAGAAAACUCACACUGGAAUCAUUGCCGGAGCAGCUGUUGGUGGUGUGACUGUUGCAUUACUAGUGGGUAUGGGAAUGUUAAUCCUUAUGUGUAAGGUGUCUAAAAAGAAAAAGGAAGAAGAUCUUGAAGGAAAUAAAUGGGCAAAGAGUAUUAAGGGAGCUAAAGGAAUCAAGCUUUCCAUGUUUGAGAAGUCAGUUUCAAAGAUGAGAUUAAGUGAUCUCAUGAAGGCUACUAACAACUUCAACAAAGACAACAUCAUUGGGUUAGGAAGAACGGGAACUGUGUACAGGGCAAUGCUUGAGGAUGGCACUUCACUCAUGGUGAAGAGGUUGCAGGAUACUCAACACUCUGAAAAAGAAUUUGUGUCUGAGAUGGCUACUUUGGGGAACGUGAAAAACCGUAAUUUGGUUCCUCUUUUGGGCUUUUGCAUGACUAAGAAGGAGAGGCUUUUGGUUUAUAAACACAUGCCAAAUGGGACCCUCCAUGAUAAGCUACAUCUUGUAAAUGAAGAUGGGAAAUCCAUGGAGUGGCCUAUUAGGCUCAAAGUUGGGAUAGGGGCGGCUAAAGGAUUUGCAUGGCUUCAUCAUAAUUGCAAUCCCCGUAUAAUUCAUCGAAACAUAAGUUCAAAAUGCAUCUUGCUGGACACAGAUUUUGAGCCCAAAAUAUCUGAUUUCGGACUUGCCAGGCUCAUGAACCCAGUUGACACUCAUUUGAGUACUUUCGUGAAUGGGGAGUUCGGAGAUUUGGGUUAUGUCGCUCCUGAGUAUAUGCGAACUCUGGUUGCCACCCCUAAGGGGGAUGUUUUUAGCUUUGGAGUUGUGCUUCUUGAGUUGGUGACUGGUGAAAGACCUACCCAUGUGACUAAAGCUCCUGAAAGUUUUAAGGGAAAUUUGGUGGAAUGGAUUACACAACUUUCGAGCAACUCUAAGCUUCAAGAUGCCAUUGACAGAUCUUUGGUCGGGAAAGGUUUUGAUGGUGAGCUUUUCCAAUUUCUUAAAGUUGCAUGUAAUUGUGUGUUGCCUGCUCCCAAGGAAAGGCCUACUAUGUUUGAAGUGUACCAGCUUCUGAGAGCUAUUGGGGAGCGAUACCAUUUCACAAUUGACGAUGAAAUUAUGGUGCAGUCAGAUACUGCUGAUGCUGAUUUUAUAGAGGAACUCAUUGUUGCUCAAGAUGUAAAGGAGAAUCAUUGAAAGGUACAGUGAGAGAGUAGUAAUGAGUGGCUCCAUAAUCUAUCUGUAGUUAUUUGUUUUUUUUUUUUCUUUUCCCGGUAAAAGGGUACGCGCUGUAGUUAGUUGUUGUUGUGUGUAAUAAAUGUUCAUAUUUUAUAUAAUAUUAAUAAUGUUUCACUUUUGCUUU